AUGGCCGACCAACAACUGGAACUCCUGAUCCCACAGGGCACCGUCACGUACGAUGAACACAAUAGACAAACCACGAUCGAUCUCGCUCUCGGUACACCGUGGAUUCACGAGAGGAAGGCCUACUGCGGGCUCAGGGAAGAUCUCGACCACCAAUCGGACCAUCAACCAAUCGCCAUAACAAUCAUGACAGCGGUUGAAACAUGCGACCCGCCCGACCAAUGGCAAUGGCAACGGACGAACACACAAACACUGGAGCUAGAACUCCAGAGGAACCUACCCCACCCGACCGUCUUGGACUCAGAGGCGUCGGUGGACCACCGAGUGCAAGGGCUAGUUCACGCCAUUACAAGGGCCAUCGAUGCCUCCACACCGAAGGCCAAACCAAGCGACCGUUCGAUCCCUGGGUGGACGCAGGAGUGCAAGGAAGCACAGAGGACAGCGAGGCGCCUUCGAAGACGAUAUCAGAGGACGCGCCUCGAGAGCGAUUGGGAGGCAUACUGCCAGGCCAGGAACUACAAAGGGAGACUCAUCAAAAAGACACUCCGCGACGCUUACCGAGCAAGGGCGAGGGACAAGGCAGGCGAGGGACAAGGCAGGCGUUCACGCCACCUCUGCGCCGAAGCGACAACGACCUGGAGCACGACCACCAAGCCAAGGCAAACUUAUUCAAAGAGACGUUCUUCCCACCCCAACCUGAUGUGGAUCUGUCCGACACUGCAAAACCAAAGGUACAGCGACCAACUUACCUUUCCUCCUAUCACAGAACAGGAGAUAACUCGAGCAAUCGGAUCCAUGGCCGCCAAGAAAGCACCGGGACAGGAAGGCAUCCCGGCACACAUACUACAACUACUGCUCCUCUACCUGACACCCCAUCUACUACAGAUCUACAACGCAUCCCUGGACCUACAAUACUGCCCAGCGCACUUCAGACAAUCCAAGACGGUGGUGCUACCCAAGCCCAACAAAAAGGACCGGUCGGAGGUGAAAUCGUACCGCCCGAUAGCCUUGCUGAACACCCUUGGUAAAGCCUUGGAGUCCAUCCUGGCAACAAGGAUCUCUCAGGCGGUCGAAGAACACCAGCUCCUCCCACACACGCAU